CACUUUCUGACCCUAAACGAUGUGCAAUACUAAGUCUACGCGUGGACGCUGCGCCUGAAACAACGGGUAUCGGCGGAAAUACUGCACAUAUCUCAAACCACGCUUGAUUGUCGCGGAAUCUCGCGUCCGAAUGUUCGAUACGUUGCGACCAUCAGCAUGUCACUAGUCGAUCAUCUGCGCUCAUGAAUCCUGAACAGCCGCGAAGAGCGGCUACUGUGCCAUUGCCAGUUCCCCAAGGCCACCAAAACCCGCCACCAGCUCCGCCUUUGCCGCCGCAGCAACGAGCUCGCAAUGCUCUGAACAGAUUCUUAGGCUUCCCUGCCAGAGCUGCUGAUGGAGAGGGCGAUGGUCGCGAGGGUAGUAGUGCAGGACUGAAGGACGUUCAAAGACUUCCUAGUUUGUCCGCGUACAAUGCCAGUGCUAGUCAUAAAACCGGCCUCGAAAUUAACUCUCUAUCUAUCAAUGAUGAGGGAAGUCAUGCCAUUCUUGCUGGACGAGACAUCCUCAAAACCAUUCGCGUUGAUGAGGGAAGCUGUACGGAAGACAUCAAUAUCCGGACUGCCAUCCGAAACUACAGUGCGCACACCUCCGGACGAUCCAAAGACAAUAUCAACAUAUCAGACGUUGCAUGGGGCAAGGGCAACUUUGGCAACUACAUCGCCGCUGCUAAUGCCAAUGGACCUAUCACUUUGUACGACCUCAAUCAUCCUGGAAUCGAAGUUGCGCAGCUGAAAGAACAUCGCCGGCAAAUUCACAGAGUAACGUUCAAUCCUCAUGCUGGGCAGCAUUUCCUCUCUGCUAGCCAAGAUGGAACUGUACGACUUUGGGAUCUCCGCGAUGUGAGACGAGAUGCCAACACGUUUCCAAGCAGAUUCACAACCAGUGGCCAGAAUGAGGGAGUCAGAGACGUCAAAUGGUCUCCGACCGAUAUCUUUGAGCUCGCCAUGUGCACAGAUGGAGGAUUUGUUCAGAGAUGGGACACCCGCAAGCUCAAAACUCCUCUGACACGCAUUGCAGCUCAUACGGGACCAUGCGCGACAAUUGACUGGCAUCCUGAUGGUAAACAUUUGCUUAGUGCCAGUUCGGACAAAACGGUCAAAGUCUGGAAUAUCUCCGCUGAAGGAAGGAGGCAUAAGGCUGUGUACGAGAUCAAAACACCACAUCCCUUGCGCCAUGCUAGAUGGAGGCCUUCCUGUCAGUCAUCAUGGCCUAAAGGUCGGGGCGCGAGGCAGUGUACACAGAUUGUCACAUCUUACGAGCGUGAUCAUCCUAUCGUGCAUAUUUGGGACUUUCGAAGACCGUGGCUGCCAUUUCGAGAGAUGGAAGGCUACCAAACGGCACCAACAGAUCUUUUGUGGCAUUCUCAAGAUCUUCUAUGGACAGUCAACAGGGAGGGCAUGUUCUUACAGCAUGAUAUCAAAUACGCUCGCAAAGUCAUGGAAAAACGCAAUAUGCAAGCCUUUGCUAUUUCUCCGCUCGGCGAGUUUAGUCUGGUAACUCAGAAAAGAGCAACUCGUCUCAGGCCAGGUCUUAACCGCGACGACAGUGAAGCGUUCAUCCAUCAACGACGAUUAGGUCUUUCUCAUACUGAGACAAUCGGGCAAGGGCAUAGUUCAAGUCGGGGGUCGCAUGACGACACACUAGACGACACUUUCCUAAGCAGCUCCUAUGGAAAGCGUCAUACAAGAUCACCCAGUGCCAGGAUAGGAAAGAUGUCCAAUGGCUCUCCGCCGGCUUAUGAUGUUGGCUCGACUCGGACUGUCAGCCUCGAAGAUGUCUUGAAAGCGGGUCGAGCAUACAAGCCAGGUCAGAGCGCUGCUCGUGGCCGUCUACCUGGUAGCCCGAAUUUGUUGCUUCUCCAGUACUUCGCCAAGCAGUACAAAACACGGGCUCUUCCCGAACCUCCCUCAGUCGACGCAUUUCUGAAGGCACAUGAGAUGUUUGAGCACAACGCAAGUUAUGCUCAGAAAGCGUCACUAUAUCGUAUGGCCCAGUCUUGGAGGAUCAUGGGUCGAGCGGUCAUGACGGAGUUACUGAACAGAGCGGAUCACCAUCGUGGAUUGAGGGUAAAGAAUGAUUCUGGUCCUCGUAAAAGCUUGUUGGACGAAUCACCGUUUGCCAGAAGGACUAGACGAUGGCUCGGAUCAACCGAACGAAGACUGAGCUCAAAGCCUGGUACACCACUGAGUCGCCCGUUGAGAACGAUGGAAUCGCUGUCGACUGUUCAGCCCGAUAGCACAUCAAAUGUUCCUACGCCAAUCGCUCGACCCGUGAAAGACCGUCACGAGUUAGAGCGAGCUUCGCUCAAGGAGAUUGACAAGGAUGAGACUCUCACACUGCCACCUUCGCUUCUUACUCCUUCGGAGAUACGCGAGAACAUCGAAGGUCAGAGCCGGGCUACGUUACAGGCAGUUGAUCACAGAGGUAUCGAGCAUCGUAACUCUUGGUAUGGCUCUGUACAGAAUUAUCGAGAGAAACGAGAGGCUAUCAACAACUGGAGACAGCCUGUGAAAGAACCACUUAACCUUGAGGAUGAGCCAAGUGAGCGGCCCAAACCUACCAGAUACAACUCGGAUGAGAGUUUUGGCAUGUUCCCAUCUUUGUCAUCACGAGAUGCUUCGGGGCCUGCUUCCUCAAUUGCUAGCAGUCGAUCAAAUCUGAUGGACGCCGUACAAGAAAACCUUCGAUCAGAAGGCUCAUAUGGUUCAAUGAAUCUAGGAAGCAGUUCAUCUUCCGAACCGAUUAUGGGCCGGAGUUAUCAGGCAAGACAGGGUGUUCCGGAAGAUCAAGGUCAAGGGAGCGUUGUCGAAACCUCAUCAGGAAGCGACCACAACGGCCACAUGAUGGUCCCUGCGCCUAGACAGAAUACAGAUGCGCCAGCAAGAGAUAUACCUCGAGAUAUGCAGACUCUUGCUAUGAACAACCAGCAAAGUUUUGCUUCAGACGUUGACACUUUCUCCAAUCAACGAAAACCCUCUGACGAUGUCGAGAAUAUGGAAGCUAGUGGAACCAUCAUUCCACAUCGACACUCACGGCAGCUAGGACGGUCGAGAGAAGGAUCCAUAACUAAGCCUGCCACUCUGCCACAGAUUACGGAGAGCGUAUCGGCGGUGAUGCCCUCGAAAAACGCUUCUAUCGACGCCACGAAGACACCGUUCAUCACAGCCGACUUUCUAGCAUCCGACUACAAUAUCGAUGCCGAGAAGGAUAAGCCGUUCCGCAUUAUAGACAUGCUCAAUCACCUUCUCGACUACCAUACUACCAAGGUGCCCGACGCUCAGGCCGCAACGAAUCUUAUUUUCCUCCUGACUCCUCUGCUUCCCGAGACGCAUGCACUACCGCAAGCGAAGGUCGACGCGACCAUUACCGUAUACAGUGAGUAUUUCACUGCAAUGGGUUACAGCGACAUGGAGAUUUAUGGCUUGUUCUCAACAUCGUUUGAACAUCUUAUCAAGGCAGGGCUGCAACCUCUGCAAGCAGAGAGCAUAAUAAGCACCUAUCACAGUCAGCUACAACAUCUCGGACUAUUCAGUCAUGCUGCAUAUUUGCGUCGUGUCAGCUACCCCAUGUAUCCAUCAGUGUACGAGGGUGGUCUCAAAGACACACAAGUAAGCUUCAUGUGCGGAACGUGCAGAAAACCCAUUACUGCUCCCAACAAGAUGCGAUGUGAGAAUUGUACACAGCGUCAAGAUCCGUGUCCAAUCUGUUGGUGCGAUACGAGUCCAUUUGAGGGUCCCGCAAAGAUCAAAACACGCACAGGUGGCAACCGAGUCGCUGUAGCUGAACCUUUCAUUCGACCAGCAAGUGCGGGAGACGAUAGCGACGACGACAUCCGACAGGCCAUCGGCGAGAUAGGCGUUCAGACAAACGCACUGUACUCAACUUGCCUGCUCUGCAACCAUUCAGCACAUGCAGCGUGUCUGCGUACAUGGCACUCAGGAGCACCAUCUGAUCUCGAUGUUUCUCCGACUUCUGUAUCAACAUCUGAGGGCGCCUGUCCUACUCCAGGUUGUCUAUGCGCUUGUACGCCAGGUCCCCGGCGAAAUGAUCUGUUGGAUACUGUCGAGCGAAGAGAGCGGGAAAAAUGUGUACGUGAUGAUGACUGGGUAAUUGCGGAGUCGAGGGCUGCGCAAAUGGCUGCUACGUUAGCGGGCGGAAGGAAGAAAAGUGGUUUGAGCGUCACAACGCCGAACGAAGAGGCCGGCAAUAGCAGGCGGGAAAGAAGAAGUGUAGGCUUCAGACAGGGCUAGCUUUCUAUCCGAUCCACAUCGUUUAAACCUCAAGAUAUCGAAUAGAGGUGAAUCGUGACUAUCUCCGUGCGCUUUCCUCCUUUCGUACUUUCCACAACUCACGGCCAAUCGCCGAACUGUGAGCAACGAUCACGCAACAUCGCCUCCAAAAUGGGCGACAACUCUUCACCCGAGCACAGCGAAGGCGCAUCGCCCGUUGUCACCAGGAAGAAGAGACAAAACUCACUCAGGUCCAUAUACAGUCCAAACCGAUUCGCUCUCUCCCGGACAAUGCCUCAGCUCCUCAAAAUCACCUUGCCUAUCCACAAAGAUCAAGCGGCCCCUACUGCUACGAUCAUGAGAGCCUCAGCUGCUCAGGAAAGGGAUAACAGUAAUGUUGUGCUCCCUCCUCGGCGAUACCUCGGUUUCUCAAAAUUAUCUUGCAUGUCUACAGCCAGGAAUUAGCCCUUACCACGACCAUGAGAGCC